UUUAAUACACUCUUGUUAGACAGGAUUUAAGAUGGCAGAUUAACAGUGAUGUGAUGGAUGUGGUCAAAAACCUUAUGUCUUGUUGUUGUAUGUAUGAUGAUUCGUUUUACCGUUAUUUUAUACUUCUGUCAGCUAGUAAAGACCAGUAACAUUAUAACACCUGUCAUAAAACUCCAGGAUAAUCCAACGUCUUUUGGAAACGACGGAGAAAGUACAUUUUAUUGCUUGAACAAGUACACUCAUAGUCAAAAUUGCAAGGAUUUAACUGUGGCUUGCUUAAAUUGUACGUAUAACAAUUCUUGUAUUUAUGGUAAUACAACUGAAGGCAAUUGCACUGUUCAAGAAGGAGUUGCAUGCAAGGGUGAACGACAUUUUACUGUUACAAUUCCUUGUGUUUACUGUUACCAAUUACAAACUGAAAGUUAUACUUGUGGACCUAGAGCAUUUUGUCAGGCUACUGCAAGUGAUCAGAAAAGAGUUGUCACUAAUUGUACUGUACAUGCGAGACAACAUUGUUUAGGCCGAAGAAGAUUUUUAAAGUCAUUUAAGUGCAACUGGACCUCUGGAUACCGUUGGUCAACAACUUUACUAUUGAGCAUAACUUUGGGCGGUUUUGGCGUGGAUCGGUUUUACUUGGGUCACUGGCAAGAAGGACUGGGAAAAUUUUUCAGCUUUGGUGGUUUAGGUGUAUGGACUUUAGUAGAUAUUGUUUUGGUUGCUGUUGGAUACAUUACACCUGCAGAUGGUUCACUUUAUAUUUUCUAAAAUGA